AUGUCGAACUUUCCUCAACAUCGAGCGAUGCACGAUGCGGGGACAUUCACGGCGCCGGCCAUCCACGGCGCACACAACCAUGGCUCGCACGCUCAUGCUCACGGCCACCUCCAUCCUCAGUCCGCCAUGACCGGCCAGUACGCCCCGUGCCCGUACGAGGACAAAGUCACCAAGGAUGGCACAACAGCACGCAUGGUGCUCUUGUUCCUCCGGGAACUGCUCGACCAACUGUCGGUUGCGGAGCAGCCCCAGCAGAGCUACGGGUGUCCGAUGACGCGGUGCCACAGGUCCUUCGUGGCGCCUCUGCAAGUCAUCCAACACCUGCUAUCCUGCCCGGAGCUCGCCAACGGCGAGUUCGACUGCGAUAAGUGCUGCACUAGCCACAGCUUCCCCACGAACGAGAAGGACUGGUCGCAAUGGAUGGGGUGGCGGUCGCAGCAGUGUCUGCAGAUUCAGCGGAAGCGAAGUCUCGGCUCGAAGAUGAAGGACUUUGCGCUAAGGAAGAAGGACCCUUCGCGGAAACAAAAUCCCGCGUUCGACUCCCACUUCAAAAACGCCUCUGCGAUGGACACCCGCCCAAGCACCGCUACGUCUGACGCUCCCAGCACCACGUUUACGAACCGGGGUUUCCAACAACAUGUCGGCUUCCCGGGCCAACACGGCCAAGGGCCGCAUCUCCCGGGCUUUGCCGACCUCCACAAAUCCGGUGUACCUUCCGACCUGCCGGAGGUAGACAGCCAUAUGUUUUGGCACGGGUUUAACAACUCGGCCUCCGGGUUACCGUCCACGGUCUCAUCGAUUGCUUUGUCUUCUAUGGAUGACAAUCCGUCGGAACGUCUGUCACAAAAUACAUCGCAGAGCACGCUGUUCAACCCCCCGUUAGGCCACUACCAAUCUCCUGGCUCAUCAUCUCAAGCCCCCGAUGGCAUAUCGGCUUCACAACAACCAUACAUGUUCCCGACCCAGAUGUCCUUUGAUCAUGGCCUCACAUCCCUUCCUGGCCAUGCACCAGCGUCUUCGGCCAUGUGCAUCGACAACCCUCUUCCCUUACCUCGAAGUCCCAUCUCGCCGGCCGACCCACGAUCACCGGCUUCGAACAGCAGCAGCAGCUGGUGGCGCCCAAAGGUAGAAGCAGACACGUCUCGACCAACACCACCGACGAGUGGGCCAGACUCUCACUUCCCUCUCUCGACUGGCAUUAUCGACGCCCUUCCCAGCGGGGUCAACAGUGGAUUGACAAGUCCAACGUCACCGAAUGCGGCUGGAUCACCCUACUACCAGCUCCAAUCACAAACGACGCAGAGCAUGUCGAGGGCCUUGAGCCAGGAGUCUAUGGAGGGCAGCAUGCCUACCACCUUUGGGACCCCGAUUCCGGAACGAAGUGGGAGUGGCUCCUUGACCCCGCGUGCUGAGAGUCAACCGCAACACACCCAUCAACAUCAACACGUCCACCAACAUUCGCAUGCUGGCUCAACUCCGGGGAAACCGUCAACCGAAUCAUCCAUCGAGGAUCUCGUUUGUGAUGAAUGCCAAUGGAAGCCUCGGGGUGUGAGGGAAAACUUGAAAGGCUAUCUCCGCAAACACAAAAACACACACAAGGGCGUCCGAUUAGCGUGUGACAUCCCGGGUUGUGUCAAGACGUUCAGUCGACUAGACAACCUCAAGAAGCACAAAAAGGACAAGCACGGAAUCGAGGACACGGGCGGAUCGAUCCCGGCGAAGCGAGUGGCGGGUGACAUGUCGGAGACCGGCGAACCAGACGCCGAGGUCAAACGGCCAGCAACCGUCGAAUCCGAGAUUCGGGGUGUUACGGAGGAUUACUCGAUGCUCUGGCCAGCACUACAUUUCUAA